AUGCUCUCUAGAUAAGAAUUAGUGUAUAUGGCUAAAAUUUGUGAAUAAGCAGAAAGAUAUGAUGAUAUGCUUAAUUAUAUAAGACAAGUAGCUUUUAUGGAAUAAGAACUAUCAACAGAAGAAAGAAACUUGUUUACAUUCGCUUAUUAUUAUUGUGUCGGUUCUCGAAAAACAUAAAUGAGGUAGCUUUGUCAUUUAGAAAAUAAGGUGACAUAGAAAGUAAGUAUUAUUCGAUAUUUUAAGGUAAACACAAAUCCAUAGUUUUCAGCAAUAAUAGUAUUAAAGAAAAGGAUUUUAAAUGAGUUAAAUGACUUCUGUAAUGAAUUUUUGAUAUUAAUUGAAAAUCAACUGUUGAAAUUACACUAAUAAACUGAAUUAUAUUUCCAAUAUUAAUUCUUUAAAUGUAGAUACUUAAAGCAUAAGGUGGAUUAUUUGUAAGAUGAAUAGGAGAGAGAUAUAGCAAUUAAUAUAGCAUUGUUAUAAUUUGAAUAAAUUUAUGAAUAAGUAAUAGCAUAAUUGUUACCAACAAAUGUGAGAAGACUUUAAAUGGUUUUGGACUUCAGUGUUUUUUUGCAUGAAAUUUUGGAGGAUAAUAAAAAGGCAUGUGAGAUAUGUGAUGAAGUAUAUAAUAUGAUAUAAUAAAGGCUCUUAUUUAAGCAAGAAAAGAGAUUGAUAAAGAACUGAAUUAAUAAGAAAAAGUAUAAAUAGAAUAAGUAUUAAAUCUAAUAGAACAAACUCGAAAUCUUGUAAUGGAAGAUAUGAAAGAAUGA